GCUAGAGAGAGAAACCAGAAGUAUAGUGUGAACUAGAGAGAGAGAGAGAGAGAGAGAGAGAGAAAGAGAGGAGUAUAAUAUGAGUAGGAGUAAGCAGUUUUGGGGAUUUGGUGAGGUCGAUUCAGCUAUUUGAGACGGAAGCAGAACCAGCAGGAAAACCUGCACCAAUGAAUACAACAACAACAGCGACGCCACCUUCUCGAUAAGUGCUUUCAAGGCGGCAAGAGGGAAAACAAAGGCGGUAUUGAGGAAUGGAAAAGCGGUAUUUAUGUUGAGAGAGAGAGAGCAGAAGACAAAAGCAGAAGCGGUUUUGUAACUGAAACGGACCAGCUCCUGAUAAAAAUAUCCAGUGUGGCUACGCAGAAAAAUAUCAAUAAUGAAUACGUACAUAACCGUCAUCUCUUGUUAAAGCUUUUUCCUCCUUUUUCUCUCGCUGGGGUUUUGUUUCAUUAAUGGGGUAGGUUAUAGCGCGUGAAAGGUUUCGAUUGAGCUUCUCCUGUUCAGUGAAGAGAAAGGGAAAAGAUAAAAGUUUUGGUUUCUUUCAUUUAUCUGCUCCUACAGCGUUGAUUUUGGUGGUUUCUUUUAUGGCUCAUGUUGACGGCAAUCUCAGAGGCUCUGCAUCUUCUCGUGGGGUAUCAGGUCGGGAAAGUGAUGGUGAUCUGUAUAGGGAGCUAUGGAAGGCAUGUGCAGGGCCGCUGGUGGAGGUUCCUCGUUCCGGAGAGAGAGUUUUCUACUUCCCUCAGGGCCAUAUGGAGCAAUUAGAAGCUUCGACUAAUCAAGAACUCAAUCAGCAAAUCCCUCGGUUUAAUCUUCCUUCGAAGAUCCUUUGUACAGUUGUGCACAUUCAAUUACUGGCAGAACAGGAGACGGAUGAGGUUUAUGCUCAGAUCACCUUGCAGCCAGAAGCAGAUCCAAGUGAGCCUCCAGGUCCAGAUCCCUGUUUGCCUGAACCUCCAAAGCGAACUGUUCAUUCCUUUUGUAAGAUUCUAACAGCUUCAGACACAAGCACCCAUGGUGGAUUCUCUGUUCUGCGUAAGCAUGCCACUGAAUGCCUGCCUCCUCUGGACAUGACCCAAGCAACCCCAACCCAAGAACUUGCUGCUAAAGAUCUUCAUGGUUAUGAAUGGCGGUUUAAACAUAUAUUUAGAGGUCAACCUCGGAGACAUUUGCUUACAACAGGUUGGAGCACAUUUGUUACAUCCAAGAGACUGGUUGCAGGAGAUGCCUUUGUGUUUCUGAGAGGGGAUAACGGAGAGUUGCGGGUUGGGGUACGGCGACUUGCAAGACAGCAAAGUCCUAUGCCAUCAUCUGUUAUAUCCAGCCAAAGCAUGCAUUUGGGUGUCCUUGCUACUGCUUCUCAUGCUGUUACAACCAACACGCUCUUUAUUGUGUACUACAAGCCAAGGACCAGCCAGUUCAUUAUUGGCAUCAACAAGUAUUUGGAGUCUGUAAAGCAUGGAUUUUCUGUAGGCAUGCGCUUCAAGAUGAGAUUUGAGGGAGAAGAUUCUCCUGAGAGAAGGUUCACAGGCACUAUAGUUGGGGUUGAAGAUAUCUCUUCCCAGUGGUCAGGUUCCAAAUGGCGGUCAUUGAAGAUUCAAUGGGAUGAACCGGCAACAAUUCAACGGCCAGAGAGGGUUUCUCCAUGGGAGAUUGAGCCUUUCUUGGCGCCGUCUUCUGUGAAUCUUGCUCAACCAGCAAUUAAGUGCAAAAGGCCCAGGCCAGUUGAUGUAUCAGUUUCUGAGAUUACCACCAAUUCAGCUGCCUCAUCUCUCUGGUAUAAUGGACCAUCCCAGUCCCAUGAGUUAAAUCAGUUAAGUAGUCCUGCCGAUGUUCAGAGUUGCGACAGCCAAGUUGUCUGGUCAACAAGGCAGAAAGAAAUUGAUGGCAGCCUUGUCAAUAGCAGUGGUGGAUGUAACUCCAGAGUCAGGCAAGAAGGAAUCUGGUCUUCUACUCCUGUAAAUGUCUCCUUGAGUCUCUUUGCGGAUUCAGCUGAGGAUAACAAAACUGUUCUCUCAUCAAGGCCCAAGAGUGGUGUUAUGCAUGACCAGGUGGAGAAAGGGAAAAAAUCUGAAAUUUCUGCAGGUUGUCGCUUGUUUGGAAUUAAUCUAACAGAAAAGUCUAGUGCUUCUGCUACCCAUCCAGCAGUUGAUUCUAGCACUGCACAAGGGCCUGUCCCGGUCACAGAUGUUGCUGACAAGGAUAGGGAUCUGGAAGCUUCAAGUUCUGCCAAGGAACAGAAACAAGAUACGUUAGAGGUGUCAGUGAAAGAAUCACAGAGCAAGCAGGGAUCGAGUACCAUGAGAAGUCGUACUAAGGUGCAAAUGCAAGGGAUAGCUGUUGGACGUGCUGUAGAUCUAACAGCCUUGAAAGGGUAUGAUGAACUUAUAAAUGAGCUGGAGAGGAUGUUUGAGAUUAAAGGAGAGAUUGGCCCUGGUAACAAAUGGGCAGUUGUUUUUACAGACGACGAGGGUGAUAUGAUGCUUGUAGGGGAUGAUCCGUGGUUAGAGUUCUGUAAGAUGGUGAAGAAGAUGGUCAUAUAUUCAAGUGAGGAAGUGAAGAAGAUACGCAGAAAAUUCAAGUUUCCUAUGUCUUCGGUGGAGAGUGAAGGGACUGUGGGAAGCUUGGAUUCAGAGCAUAAGUCUGAAACAUGAAAAGUUGCUAAUAUGGGAUGGGUUUAUGCUUAAAAAAUUGGUUUUAUAUUUUGGUGAGUUUGUUUUAGCAGAGUGAAUGAAGGAAUAGGUGGGUCUGAUGGAGAUUAGUAGUAGUACUCUUUUAAAUUAUUAAAGGAAUUGGGACAACCUAGUUUGUUUUUUGAGGUAUGGAGACCAUGCGUAGUUUUAUAUUA